GGGUGAAUUACUCAAUACGUUUUUUAAAUGCAGUAGCAUAGAUUGCUUAAUGAUCCAGAAUCUAAUUAGUAAAAAUGUUUCUCAAAAUAAAAUGUGUUAAUAUUUAGGGAGGGGGAAGAAUAAAUGAGCUUCCCCCCACUUCCUUUUUACUGUAGUAAUAUUAAAAAAGUGAUACAUGUAGGCAGGUUUUUAAAAAUCAAGUAUUACAAACAGACUUAUAAGGAAAAGCAGUCAUUCUUUGCCCAGCUUCUCUAUAUCCCUUGUCUUAUUCUCCAGAGGACCAUUUUUCACUUUCUUAACUGUUCAUGGUUUCCUCUGUACUUUUUAAUCAUAUGUCUCUAUCACAGGUUGUUGACUGAAAUAAAUGUAUGUCAAUUAGAACUAACUAUACUGAGUCUAAAAGUUGUACUUAGAAUACUGGUAGGGGGGAUUAAGUUUAUACUGCUGUAUCCCUAGUAAGGAUUAAGGGAAGCAUCAGUAGUAGUAACCCAUCCUAAGAGGUAUCGCUGUGUUUGAUUUUAAAGGAAACCACUACUUAAUCAGUGGUUUUGACACUUGUCUGAAAACAGGUGGGUAUUAACAGAAGGGGAUAGUCUAUUGGAGUAUAGAAAAAGAGAACAUAGAGAUGUAUGCAGAAAUGAAGGGCCUAAAAAAGUGUAGCAAAUAAUUUUUUUUCUUUUUUUGGUGUAGGCAGGGUUUCACCAUGUUUCCCAGGCUGGUCUCGAACUCCUGGGCUCAUGGACUCAAGCAAUCCACCCAUCUCGGCCUCCCAAAGUCACUCCCAAAGUGCUCAGGCAUGAGCCACUCACUGUGCCCAGCUGCAAAUAAACUUUUAUAGAGGGAUUGCUGAUUAGAAGAGGAGCCAUGUCAGAAGAAACAGUAAGUGAAUCACAGUUUUCCUUGAAGACAGCAGCGCUAAGAGUGUUUCAUCUUCCUCUGACUUGGUACUAUUCUCUCUCCCAGAUCAAAUUUUCUCCGGUGGCUAAAAAGUUGUUUGUGAUAACUGCAGUGAGUGCUAUAUCUGUAAUUUUUCUGGCCCAUCACUUUAAAAGAAAACGUGGAAAGAAGAAAGGAAAAAUAUUACCAUGGGAACCAGAGCACCUCAUACUUGAAUACACUAAAAGAGCAGCAUCAGACAAAGGUUCAAGUUGUUCCAGUAGCAGACAGAAUUUGACAUUAUCUUUAAGUUCUACCAAAGACAAAGGAUCUCAAGUUUAUAACUAUGCUAAUGGAGGACUUUUCAGUAAAUAUUCAGGUUCUGCACAGAGUUUGGCCUCUGUCCAGAGUGUCAAUUCUUGUCAUAGCUGCGCUUGUGGCAAUUCUAAUUCCUGGGACAAAGCAGAUGAAGAUGAUAUUAAACUUGUUAAUAUUCCUGUGACUACCCCAGAGAACUUAUACUUAAUGGGUAUGGAAUUGUUUGAAGAGGCAUUGCGUCGAUGGGAACAAGCUCUGACCUUUCGCAAUAGACAGGCUGAAGAUGAAGCCUGUGGUUCCAUUAAACUGGGUGCAGGAGAUGCCAUUGCUGAAGAAAAUGUAGAUGAUAUUAUUAGUACUGAAUUUAUCCAUAAACUCGAAGCUCUGCUGCAAAGAGCCUAUCGUCUCCAAGAGGAGUUUGAAGCUACCCUUGGGGCAUCUGAUCCUAAUUCCCUUGCUGAUGAUAUUGAUAAAGAUACAGAUAUCACCAUGAAGGGUAAUGUGGAAGACUUUGGCCUGCGAGACACCUUGAGCGUCGCAUCCACGGAUUCCUUUGCUUCCGCAGCAGAGCUUGCAGAACACAGAGAAGUACGGCAUACCUACAGCCUGGAGUCCCUUUGUCACUGCCCAUUUUACGAGGAAGCCAUGCAUUUAGUUGAAGAAGGAAAAAUUUACUCCAGAGUACUGAGAACUGAAAUGUUGGAGUGCCUAGGAGACAGUGAUUUUCUUGCCAAACUUCACUGUAUUCGACAGGCUUUUCAGGUAAUUCUUUCAGAAUCAGCUAACAGGAUAUUCCUCGCUGAGAGUGGAAGGAAAAUUUUAUCAGCUUUAAUCGUGAAAGCACGAAAGAAUCCAAAGAAGUUUGAAGAUGUUUUUGAUGAAAUGAUCUAUUUUUUAGAGCAGACCGAUCACUGGGGUAGUACUGAAAUGGAACUUGCUGCUAGAGGGGUGAAAAAUCUAAAUUUUUAUGAUGUUGUUCUGGAUUUUAUAUUAAUGGAUUCCUUUGAAGAUUUGGAAAACCCACCCACAUCCAUACAGAAUGUAGUAAAUAAUCGAUGGCUAAACUCAUCCUUCAAAGAAACAGCUGUGGCUUCAAGUUGUUGGUCGGUGCUGAAACAGAAAAGACAACAGAUGAAGAUCCCAGAUGGAUUUUUUGCCCAUUUUUAUGCCAUUUGUGAACACAUCAGUCCUGUCCUAGCCUGGGGCUUUUUGGGUCCUAGAAAUUCUCUGUAUGAUUUAUGUUGCUUUUUUAAGAAUCAAGUUCUUUUAUUUCUCAAAGACAUUUUUGACUUUGAGAAGGUGCGCUAUUCAAGUACAGAGACUUUAGCUGAAGACCUCAUGCAGUUACUCAUUCGCCGCACUGAGCUUUUAAUGGCCUAUCUUGAAGCAGAUGCCCUGAGGCAUACAAGUAGUUGUCUAAGCAGUCAUGGUCAUGUUAUGUCCACUGGGCUACUGGAAGCCAAAGUACAAUAAGUACCAUAAGAAUCAUACAAUUUGAGUGUGCUAUGAAAUAUUUUAAGGUAACUAUUGAUUUUGUAACAUAUAUUACAAAAUUAACAGAAUUGGUGCAUGUGGAUUCAGGGAGGAAAAAAAAAAUCUACUAAAAAAUGAGCAACUGUACUGUAUUUAUACAGAAGUUCUGUCAUUGAAUUCCUGUGUAGUGUAGUCAUAGUGGCUUUUUGCAUUCAUUAGGUAAUAAUUGAAGUUGUGAAAUGUAUAUUUUACAGAAAUAUUGCUUGAAUUGAAGCCAAUAUUUGGGAGUUAAUUGGUUUGUCUUCUUGAAGCUGUCAUUCUCAAAAGCUCUGUUUUUAUGCUUUGCACCUUUAAAAUGUACACUUUAGCCAAGGUCUUUGUGGCCCACACAUGCAAGAAUAUAUUACUUCUAAUGUCAAUAUAUUUAACUUUGCCUAGAAACAUAUUUUUAAUUAUAAAGUUAUUCAUUUGUUUAAUCAAGUUUAGGCAGUAAUGAUGUUUAAUAUGUACUGCAUAGAUUAUUGCUUGUGCAUUUGCUUAUGUAUUUGAAUCAAAGAAAUUGUAAUCACUGAAUAUUGUUAUAGAACAUUUAAAUGGGCCACUUGCAGUGGCUCAUGCCUGUAAUACAUUGGGAGGCUGAGGCAGGAGGACAGUUUGAGGCCAGGAGGUUGAGACUAGCCUGGACAACAUAAGGAGAUGCCUGUCUCUACAAAAACAUAAAAAUAAAUUAGUUGGUAUCAAGCAGAGUUCCAUGGAAAUAUUAAAAUUUUUUUAAAAAAUAAAAAUAGGCUGGGUGUGGUAGUUCAUGCCUGUAGUCCUAGCACUUUGGGAGGCCAAGGUGGGCAGAUCACCUGAGGUCAGGUGUUCGAGACCAGCCUCACCAAUAUGGUGAAACCCCAUCUCUACUAAAAAUACAAAAAUUAGCCAGGUGUGGUGGCGGGCGCCUGUAGUCCCAGCUACUCAGGAGGCUGAGACAGGAGUAUUGCUUGAACCCAGGAAGUGGAGGUUGCAGUGAGCCGAGAUCGCACCACUGCACUCCAGCCUGGGCAACAAAGUGAGACUCCGUCUCAAAAAAUAAAUUAAUUAAAUUAAAUUAAUUAGUUGGGUGUGGUGGCAUGUGUCUGUGGUCCCAGCUACUUGGGAGGCUGAGGUGGGAGGAUCACUUGAGUCCAGAAGGUCAAGGCUGUCAUGAGCCGUGAUUGCAUCACUGCACUCCAGCCUGGGCGACAGAGCAAGACCCUAUCUCAGAAGUGAAUAAAUAAAACAAAUAAAGCACUUAAAUGAAUUGACAUUGAGAAAUUUACAAUUUACAAAUUUAUAUUAACUGUAGUUUCCAAAAUAUGUUACUGUUGGUCCUGUAAGUUACAGAGACUGAAGAACUUUCUUUUUAUACAUUAGAGCAUUUUCCCCUGGAAUGAGUAUUGAUUAAAAAGAUAACAUUUAUUAAUUAAUAAAGGCAAUUUAAAAUUUAGUGUUAUUUGAAGACUGUCAACAUCUGAAGGUAUGAAACUUGGUACAGUGAAAUAAUUUCUCCUUUCUCCUUCCUUUUAGUUAUUCCCACAGAAAACUCAGCCCAGUGGGAAUUUGUCAUAUUAUGCCCAUGUUUUUAAAAUAUUCAUAUUUUGAAUCUUAUUGACAUUUUAAAGAAGGGUUUUUUCCUCCCUUGAAUGUAAAACAAAAAUAUUUUUAAUGAUGUGGAAGUAUAUAUUUCAUGUUCAUUAUGAUAAAUCUACGAACAAAUGAAUUGUUUUUAUGGGUGGAGUUCUUCUAUAAGAGUAUAUUAAAUGCUUUCAGAGUUGUAUUAAUUUUUUUCUAAAUAAUAUACCACUUAUUUGGAGUGGCUAACUCAGUAUGUAAGUAGAUUAGAUUUGUUGAUUUUGCCCCUAAAACGGGCUUUAGUCAUUUUAGGAGUGAGUUGCACAAAAGGACCUAAAAUGCAUUGUUUUUUGCCUUCUUUUAAGAGAUGGGGUCUCGCUCUAUUGCCCAGGCUGAAGUGCAGUGUGCUAUCAUACAUAGCUCACUGCAGUCUCCAACUCCUCAUACCAGAGGCAUGUGUCACCAUGUCUUACUCCUAAAAUGCAUUUUUAAAAAGCGAAUUUUUAGAUUAAAGUGCCUACUUUCUGAUUAAUAAAUAGAAGAUGAAAAAAGUGGGCAGGAAAAGCAUAAUCUUUUAAGAUUUGUAAUUUUCUGUAUGUGCCACAUUUAUGUAAAUUAACUAUAAAAUAUGGAAUUCAGGAUCAUGCUGUUUUGCAUGUACUUUAUAGGUUAUAUAGCAUGAAACAUACAAAUUAUCACUGUUCUUUAGUAUAUAGCUCCUUGCCUUUUCUUACAUAGAUGCUUAAUUUAACAAUUACCUAUUUAUAAUUCUUAUUAUUGACGGGAAUAUGAUUAGAAGUACCAAAACUAAAAAUUCCAUUAUGUACUGUUUACUUUUUAUUUAAUAUUACAUGUUUUUACCUUGUUGCGAUAUCUUUGGUCUUGAAUGAUAUACACACAUAUGUGUGCAUGCACAUGCAUUUCAUUACCAUGUAGAUAAGACAGUUAUUGCUUAUAUUAAUUUACCCAUUUGAGGGCUAAGCGUUUUAAGCUGUGGUUUUAUAAGCAAAGCUGUAAGUAAAUAUAAUUUAUUUUAGAAAGAUAUUAUUUGAAAUCAAUUUUGAAGAAUUGCACUAUUUGAUAAUGCUGCUACUACAUGAGAUAACUCUGGGGAGUUAAUUUUAUGAGAUAAGAUGAAUGGCUUUCUAGAAGGUGUUGCUUUUGGUUUUGUUUUUCUUUUUCUUUUUUACAUUUCAUCUUAGAAAAAGUUGCUUAUAUUCAGCAGGUUGGUUUGUCAAAUUCAGUGUUUGAGUUUGUUUCUGGUCGGUUCAGUAGCUGCUACUUUAGCAAGAUGUGGCCUUUCACAAAAGAGGUAAGAGUGACCAAAUAGAAUUUUAGGACAAUAAGUAUAGGAAAAAUCUCUUUAUUGUAAGAGAAGAAACUUGAACUUUUUAAAGGAAAUGUCCUCUUGAAAAGAACAUCUCUGACUGCAUGCAGAAAGGUACUUAAGACAUAUAUAAUAGGCCAGGAUUACAGUGGCUCACGCCUGUAAUCCCAGCACUUUGGGAGGCCCAGGUGGGCAGAUAACCUGAGGUCAGCAGUUUGAGACCAGCCUGACCAACAUGGUGAAACCCUGUCUCUACUAAAAAUACAAAAAUUAGCCAGGCAUGGUGGCGCAUGCCUGUAAUCCCAGCUACUCGAGAGGCUGAAGCAGGAGAAUCGCUUGAACCCGGGAGGCGGAGGUUGCAGUUAGCCGAGAUCGUGCCAUUGCACUCCAGCCUGGGCAACAAGAGUGAAACUCCGUCUCAAAAAAAAAAAAAAAAAAAAAAAAAAGACAUAUGUAACGGUUUCCAUUUGCCUUAAAAUUGGGUUAAAUAGCAAAAGCAAUGUUUUUAAAAAUGAUUAGUUUAGAGCCUUUUAGGGUAAACCCUGUUUAAACACUUAAUCAUGGAAUUGCUCUUGCCACCAUGAGCUCUACCAUCCACUUCCAUAUGUAAAUUAUAAGAGGGACUUCCAUUAAGUCAGUCCUGAGAAAAUAUCCUUUUUUCUAGAAGAAAGAAGAUAAAUUUUGAGGCAAUUUACAUUUGGUAUUUCUUUUAAUUUCAUUUUUUGUAUUUUGAUUUCUCUACAUUUUUGUUCAACUAAAAGAGUGCUUAUUUCUUCUUGAAGGUUAACAUUAUGUUUAUUAAGUAUCAAAAUGGAAUUACCUUUUAAAAAAGAAGACAAGUUUUCCAUACUGUCACAGUAAGCUCCAAAGAACUGUGUCUUUCUCAUAAAGUAAUAUUCUUUAUUUGCAUCCAUUUACUAUGAUUCCGUUAAUUUGUUGAAUUAAAUGCCUUUAUAAAAAUAUUUACAAAUGUUUUCUUGCCUUAAAAUGUAACAUUUUCUACUUAAAUUUAAUUUCCAAGAGAGUGAUUAUUUGCAUUACAAAGGAAUUCUUAAUAAUUCCUGUAAGCCUAGGAAAUAGGAAUGCCAAAGUAACAUUUAAUGUACUUCUCUAUAACUUUUCAUAAUCAGAAAUUUUAAAUUAUGUUUAUAUAACCCAUUUACUUUUAUUUUAAUGUGAAUAUAUAUUCAGAAAUUAUUUGAUGUAAAUUUCAAAAUGAUUAUAGGAAUUAAGCUGAAUUCUAAUUUUUUUUGCUUAGAUUAAGAAAUAUGUAUGUGAAAUUUAAGAAUUUAUAUAAUCUGUGAUCAGUGGAAAUAAGAACAUCCCUAGUUUGUUCCUAAUGAGUAUAUUACGUUAUUGUUUUGUUUAGUUUGUGAACAUUAUGUAUUAGCUUUACUUAGCUGAUAUCAGUAAAUGUUUCUGUCUCCUAAAUGUAAGGACUGUACUCAUUAAUUUGUGUAAAAGUAAAACACUACAGUAGCAGAAAAAAUUGCACUGGCUCUUUAGCGAAAAUAAGCACUGUAACAUGGAUGUAUUACUAUUACUGCCAAAUAAAAAAGUGAUGGUA